AUGGCAACCGCUGAGCACGAGCGCGCAAAACAAAAACCUGUAGCCUACAAACCCGAAAGCGAUUAUAUUUACCAAACCAGCUUCAGUUCGGCAUUUUGGGAAACGAGUUUCAGAAAUCCGGAUUCUGAACGAGAGCUACGCAUUCUUACCAGCGCAGCGCGGUGUUCCAGCGCGGAUUUACGGCGAGUGCGCGGCGCUCUGUUUCUUGUGAUUAUUGCAAUAGAGGAGCUUGAGGAACCCUGCGGGAUUACGGCGGUAGAUCAAAGCAGCCAGAUCACACAUCAGCUCAUCCGCAAACGAGCAUGGAUCGGAGGAAAAGAGAGCUCGUGGAGAGUGAAGACGCGUUUACAUGAAGGUUUGGGGUUAGACAUAAGUCGUUUCGGACAACAGAAGGGAAAGUUAAACGGGCAAGUCAAGGAAGAGAAGAUCAGCGGUCCAUCCAAUCACUCUCAUUCUCCUGGUUCGAUGGCAGCAGUUGUGAGGAAUUCUGAUUGGUCAUGCGGGCGCUGCACGUUUCUUAACUCCAGUGCCUCCUUACGCUGCUCUAUUUGUGAAGCUCCUCGGCAGAAGCCGGAUUUGAACCAUAUUUUGCGCCUCAGCAGUGCUGAGGAACCUCGCUGGUCCUGCCCACGCUGCACGCUGACUAAUCACCAUGGAUUAGGCUCGUGUUCUGUGUGCGGAGCAGCUCCAGUUACGCCCAAUGAACCCCUCCCACACAAGCAGCCCCCUCCCACUCCAGUAGAGCCCGCCUCCAGCCCUGAAGCCAAAGGUCAGGUAGCCAAUGGGGAGUCCCAGUGCACGGAACCCAACGGGGAGGUGUCUGUAGGAGGGGAGGGGUCAUCAGAGUGGGCGUGUCCUCGCUGUACUUUAGUGAAUACUCCGGUGGCGUUAUCGUGCUCGGCAUGUGGUGGUCCGAGGAAACUCUCCUUACCAAAAAUCCCUCCUGAAGCGCUAGUGGUCCCGGAAGUGCGCACACCCAUGGCGGGAUUUCCCACGCAAACCGCGGGAGCAUCUGCGCCGCUUCUUAUCGAUCUGACUGAAGAUUCUCCACCCCAAGCACCUUCUGAAACCCCUUCUCCACCCCCUGUCCCGUUUCUGCCCCCUUCCUUGUCCUCGCUUCAGAAUAACCCCGUACCUCGCAGCCGAAGGGAAGUCCCGCCCCCUGGCCGGCCCCCGAACCCUGCCCCCUCGCCAACCUCGCCCUCAACCUGCCCGCCUACCAAACCCAAGCCCCUCCCACCAUCAGACAACUACUCACUCAAGCGCCUGAGCGUGCUGGAGGAGGAGCCUAACAACCCCGCCCCUCCAGUCACAUCUCCGCCCUCUUGGAAGUGCCCCGGAUGCUCCGCCCCCACAGCUCCUCCCUCGUCAUCCGCUGGCCGCUGCGACGCAUGUCGAGGGUCGCGGCCAGGUUCAGGCGGCGACGUCAUCGAUGUACUAGGUGAAUCGGUGCGAUUCACGCCAGCGUUGCCAUCCAGUCCAGACUUCAGCUCGUGGGCGUGUUCCAAAUGUACGUUGCGCAACCCGACGGGCGCAGGCCACUGCACGGCCUGCGGAUCGUCCAAAUUGCACGGUUUCUCCGAGCCGUCCAACUGCUCGUCGUGUUCUCGGAAACAACAGCACUCACGUGCCUUUACUUCCGCCUCCUCUUCCUCCAUCUCAUCCCCAUCUGCGCAGGACAAGAGCGCCUGUCAGUGGACGUGUCCUGCCUGCACGCUCUUGAACGAAGUACGGAUGAAGCAUUGUGCGGCGUGUCACACCCCGCAGCAGUACCUCAAUCAGAGGAAAAUAGGGAAACCGCUCAAACGGCGGGAGAGCAUGCAUGUGGAGACGCGCAGACGCACAGAUGAAGGAGAGGCCAAGGAACUGUGGGAAAAUAUUGUCAGCUUCUGUAGAGAGAACACGGUGAACUUCGUGGAUGACAGUUUCCCCCCCGGUCCGCGUUCGGUCGGGUUCCCCGAGAACGACAGCGUCCAGCAGCGAAUCAAAAAGUGGCUCCGCCCUCACGAGAUUAACUGCAAUAACUUUAAGGAUCGUGGUGUGAAGUGGUCCGUGUUCAGGACGCCCCGCCCCUCUGACAUACUGCAAGGCCUUCUGGGAAAUUGCUGGUUUUUAAGCGCUCUCGCGGUCCUAGCAGAGCGGCCCGAGUUGGUGGAGCGUGUAAUGAUCACCAGAACCAUAUGCGAGGAGGGAGCGUAUCAGGUGCGGCUCUGUAAGGACGGGACGUGGACGACGGUUCUGGUGGACGACAUGCUGCCCUGCGACGAAUACGGAUUUCUGCUAUUCUCACAGGCUCAGCGGAGGCAGCUGUGGGUUGCGCUAAUAGAAAAGGCUCUUGCGAAGCUGCACGGGUCGUAUUUUGCGCUGCAGGCCGGUCGUGCCAUCGAGGGUUUGGCGACGCUCACUGGCGCCCCCUGUGAAAGUCUGAUGCUGCAGGUCAGCUCAACCAACCCACGGGAAGAGCCCAUCGACACGGACCUCAUAUGGGCCAAAAUGCUCAGCUCCAAAGAGGCCGGCUUUCUGAUGGGGGCGUCCUGUGGUGGCGGGAACAUGAAGGUGGAUGAUGCUGUAUAUGAAUCUCUGGGGCUCCGCCCACGACAUGCCUACUCCAUACUGGACGUCAGGGAUGUUCAGGGCUACAGGCUGCUGCGGUUGAGGAACCCCUGGGGCCGGUUCUCCUGGAAUGGCUCGUGGUCAGACGAGUGGGCCGACUGGCCGCAGCACCUGCGUCACGAGCUCAUGGCUCACGGCAGCAGCGAAGGCGUCUUCUGGAUAGAAUACGGAGACUUCAUUAAGUACUUUGAUUCGGUGGAUAUCUGCAAGAUUCAUCCUGAUUGGCAGGAAGUUCGUCUGCAGGGCUGCUUGCCCUGCCGGGCGAGUAAACCGGUGACUGUAACCGCCCUCACGGUCCUGGAGAGAACCGCGCUGGAGUUUGCCCUCUUCCAGGAGGGCAGCAGGCGUUCAGACACGGCCGACAGUCACCUGUUGGAUCUGUGCGUCACGGUCUUCCGGGCCUCAUUCGGUAACGGGAAUAGGCUGGUCCUGGGACGUCUGCUGGCACACAGCAAGCGCGCGGUGAAGAAGUUUGUAGGAUGUGAUGUGAUGCUGGAGCCGGGAGAGUAUGCGGUGGUCUGCUGUGCCUUCAACCACUGGCAGAUGGACCUGACGGGCGCUUCAACACCAGUCUCCAGCCCCACCAACGCUCGCAGACCCAGCCAGGAUUUCCCAGGGUACAUCUUGGCCAUCUACAGCUCCAGACAGGUGAUGGUGGAGCAGGUGGAGGCCACAUCCACCACACUCGCUGACGCCAUCAUCCUGCUGACGGAGAACAAGGGAGAGAGACAUGAGGGUCGGGAAGGAAUGACAUGUUACUACCUGACUCACGGGUGGGCGGGGCUCAUCGUCGUCGUGGAGAACCGUCACCCGAAGUACUACCUCCAUGUGUCAUGUGACUGUACCGACAGCUUCAAUGUGGUGUCGACCCGCGGCAGCCUGAAGACCAUCGACAGCGUGCCGCCGCUGCACAGGCAGGUGCUGGUGGUCCUGUCCCAGCUGGAGGGGAACGCCGGAUUCUCCAUCACACAUAGACUGGCCCAUAGGAAAGCAGCGCAGGCAUCUCUGGGCGACUGGACGUCUAGUAAAGCCACACACUCGCCCCAGCUCACGCCAGACACUGACGGACUGCACAGGCCGCGGCCGCUUUGACACACGCUUACACACACACACACACACACACACACACACACACACGUUCUGUCUUUCUUUUGUAAAGUGUACAGCGCUGUUCCCCUCUGCACAAUCCCAUCAGAAGUACUCGCUGUAAUUAUACAGAUCUCUGUCGGCCAGGAGUAUAAUAUGUAGAAUAUUUUAUUGAUUCUUUGACAAAAACAAAAAAUGAUAUAAUUUUAAAAUCUGUACAGUUCAUUUGCAAUCUCAGGUUCUGUCGGACCAAAUGACAAAUAAAGAUUUUUUUUCUCUUUUUUUUUU